ACGUGCGCGCUCCCUUCUAUCGCGUGGUGGGGAUCAUCCAUAUUGCUGCUAGUGGUGGAGAUUAGUUUGAAAUUUUAAAUAGGCACUCUGACGCUUUUUAUAUGUUUUAAUUGAACACAAACCACUCUGCGUCUUAGACUGAAGACUAUUUGGUCUAGGGGUGGAGUGGAGAAACGAUAGAGACGAGUUCAGUCGAGGAAUACUUCACAUUUUCGUUCUUGAAUUGAAGGCGAAUUUUGGGGGUAUCGUGAGGAAAAGGGGAAAUGGCCACUCAGGUGGAGACUCUCCUACCCAACAAUCCUCUUCUCAAACAAGAGGAGCAUGGGCACGCUACCACGAUGAUAGAACACGGCGAGGACUGUCUGGAAAAGGGGGCGAAGCAGACGGGUGUUGCCGACGAGGGCAACAAUAUGAAAGCAGACAACUCGGAACAGGGUGGGAUUGCAGCGAAGGAGCAGAACUCUAAACAGGCUAAAGAAGAGAGUAACAAUCAAGAGAAAGAAACCCUGGAUCAAGAGAAGCACGCGACUUUACAAACGGAAGACGGUGUGAAGUGCAAUAAAAAGGAGUUUGCUGAAGCACCCCCGCCCAAGGUGAACCCAUGGACUAAGAAAAUGAAUGCGGUGACCGUGAUCAGCAUGAAUGGACAAGCACAUCAUGAGCCGCCGCCCUCGACAGGCCCAGCCAAGGUGGUGAAGGCCAACCCCCGACCUCGGAGAGGAGCCAAGGUCGGGGAUUUCGGUGACGCCAUGAACUGGCCGACCCCGGGAGAGAUUGCAACUAAAGAAACGCAGAUGGAGGUUGUGACUCGGACUGUGUCAUUACCCAUGCCCGUCAGGCAGGUCAAAGAGGUGGGCUCCGCACGGAGUUCCCCAGCCCCCAAGAAGCCUGUGGUGAAGAAGGAGUUGAAGGAGAAGCGCGACGCCAACGAGGAGAGCAAGGAGAACCAGAAGGCCAAGUCGGACGACUCCGGGGAGGAGAAGAACGGGGACGAGGACUCUCAGAAGAAUGGCCAGCGGAAGAGAGGUAACAAGCACAGGUGGGUGCCGCUGAUGAUCGAGGUGAAGUCUGAGGGGCCGAGGGAGCGCUCUGCCUCCAGGAACAACACCCGGCAGAACGAGGUGCCCAGGAUGCCCCCUAACAGCAGGAAUGACCUCAGAGACUGGCACAGCGGGAAGUACGAGCGUGAGUGGCGGGACGACCACGACGAGGUGUCCAGUGUGAAGAGUGAGGGCACUCCCUUCCGCGGGGCCUUCCGGGGGCGUGGCCGUGGCAGGGGGAGGGGACGGGGGCGUGGCCGGGGAGGCAGUAGAGGUCACUACGAUUACCAUCACGGUUACAAGGCCUUUGAUGGCAAGGACGGAGCCUACAGCCAGAAGUUUGGCGCUCCGGUCACCUACUACUACGACAACCUGAGCAGCAACGACCUGUACUCUGUGGACCAGGACCUACUGAAGGACUACAUCAAGAGGCAGAUCGAGUACUACUUCAGCCUGGACAACCUGGAGCGGGACUUCUUCCUGCGACGCAAGAUGGACCAGGAGGGCUUCCUGUCCCUGGGCCUGGUGGCCAGCUUUCACAGGGUGCAGGCCCUCACCACCGAUGUCAGCCUCAUCAUCGAGGCUUUGAAGGACAGCAAAGAGGUGGAGAUCAUUGACAUGAAGAUCCGGCGGAAAGUGGAGCCAGAGAAGUGGCCCCUGCCGGGCCUGUCCAUUGGACCCGACCACAACCAGGUGGACUUGACCCAGCUCAUCCACUGCCCUGAGUUUGUGCCCCGCCAGGUGCCUACUGAACAAACAGAGUCUGCUCCAGGGUCUCCACGCUCCUCCACGCCCACCCGGGGUUUGGCCCGGACCUCCACGCAGCCCAAGACGGAGCAGGACGUGUCCAACCUGAAGAGCAUGCCCAAGGGCCUGUCGGCCAGCCUGCCUGACCUGGACUCUGAGUCCUGGAUCGAAGUGAAGAAGAGACCCCGGCCCUCCCCGGCCAGACCCAGGACACCCUCGUUGCAGCAGAAGGACGAGGCCCGCUCACCCGGGUCCCGGCCGGGCUCCAGCCCCGUGCCGUCGGCCUCCUCGGCCCCGGCGGCGAAGGAGGAGCCGGACGAGCCCGAGGAGCUGGACUUCAUGUUCGACGAGGAGAUGGAGCAGAUGGAUGGCCGCCGGAACACCUUCACCGACUGGUCCGACGAGGACUCGGACGGCGAGAUCGCCGACAACGACGUCAACAAGAUCCUCAUCGUGACGCAGACGCCGCCCUAUCUGCGCAAGCAUCCCGGCGGGGACAGAACCGGCCACCACACGUCGCGCUCCAAGCUGACCAACGAGCUGGUGAAGGUCAUCAACGACGGGCUGUACUACUACGAGGCAGACCUGUGGGACGACAACUACGAGCCCGAGUACGCCACCAUCAAGCAAGAGGUGGAGAACUUCAAGAAGGUUCAUCUGAUCACCAGGGAGGAGUUUGACUGUCUGACCCCUGAGCCCCCUGUUGACCCCAACCAGGAGGUGCCCCCCGGACCCCCGAAACCCCAGCAGAUCCCCGUAGACGCCCUGGCCAACAAACUGUUUGGCGCCCCCGAGCCCUCCACCAUAGCCCGCUCCCUCCCCACCACCGUGCCUGACUCGCCCAACUACCGCAGUGCCAGGACUCCCCGGACCCCUCGGACCCCGCACCGCAAGGACCCCGCCAUGACGCCCCGCUUCUACCCCGUGGUGAAGGAAAGCCGGCCCGUAGACGCCAAGACCCCCAGGAAACGGAAGACCAGACACAGCUCCAAUCCCCCAAUGGAGUGUCACGUUGGCUGGGUGAUGGACUCACGAGAACACCGAUCCCGUACGGCCUCCGUCAGCUCCAACGCCAGCCCGUCAGAGGGUACCCCUGCACUUGGGGGGAUUGGCUGCACCCCCCAGUCACUCCCCAAGUUCCAGCACCCCUCCCACGAGCUGCUCAAGGAGAACGGCUUCACACAACAUGUUUACCACAAGUACCGCCGGCGAUGCCUAAAUGAGCGCAAGCGUUUGGGCAUCGGCCAAUCCCAGGAAAUGAACACGCUGUUCCGUUUCUGGUCGUUCUUCCUGAGGGAUCACUUCAACAGGAAGAUGUACGAGGAGUUCAGACAGCUGGUGGUGGAGGAUGGGAAGGAGGGAUACAGGUACGGUUUAGAGUGUCUCUUCAGGUACUACAGCUACGGACUAGAGAGGAAAUUCAGGCCAGACAUUUUCAAGGACUUCCAGGAGGAAACCAUGAAAGACUACGAAGCUGGCCAGCUGUAUGGACUGGAGAAGUUCUGGGCGUUUCUUAAGUACUCAAAAAACAAAAACAUGGACAUCGACCCCAAGCUGCAGGAGUGCCUGAGCAAGUUCAAACGUCUGGAGGAUUUCAGAAUUGAUCCCCCAAUGGAGGAGGGAGGCCGCAAGAGACACUCGUCCAGUGGAGACGGACGCCGCCGUCAUCCUUCCCAAGGCUCCAGCCGCCCACACAGCCAAACUGGCUUUGGCCCAGCCCCGUCUGCCCAAGGCCCCACCAGGGACGAUGCCAAAAACGUCAGCCAGAAGCCACCAAAGUAGCCCCGGGCAACCCUCUGCCGUGCGGAUCAACUCAGCCCAACGUCAUCAAGUCUUUUCUGCACCACGAUGGGUCCAGUGGUUGGUGGCGUGAGAGAAAAACGUUCUGACGAAUGGCUCGUGGUUUAAUCAAGGCUCUUCCAUUUUUAUUUUGUUUGUUUGAAACACCCAUAGUUUUGUCUUGUUUGAGAUGAGACUGACAGACUAUUGAAGGAAUGGAUGACAUGUUCCGUACAUCUUUAUUUUUAAUCUUUGGUAACCUUGACACAUAUUCUCCCUGUUCACCAUGUGGGAAUGGACAUGGAGCACGUUUGAUGGUAACGGAGAACCUUGUGGACCCCUUUUCAAUUGACACCAUCUAGUUGACAGAGUUGUGUGAUUCCUCACAGAAGAUCUGGUUUUGAUUUGUAGUUCACUGGGGCGAGUGCUGGAUUGGAAACUGAAGCUUUGGGGGGGGAAAAAAGGAAAAAAAAGAAGACAUCUGACAUGUUUUGGCCUAAACAUGGAGGCAAAUCUAUUGUUAAAAAAAAUAAUGGAGGAAACAAAGACGUACCAAUCCCUCAGUAUGAGCAAGAUCGUUGAAAGUUGCCUUAUUUUAAUGGUUUUUCUGCUUAACUUGAGCCCGCCACCUUAAUGUCGAUUUUACUGCGUUGAUAAUUGCAAAUAUGCAACAUUGGUCGCAAGAUGCGCCCGCUCAGUGACAACCCCGCCCCCAUCCUCUGCGUCGGCCAAACCAUUUUGAACGUACCCCUCUAAACUGUCUUCCAACUGUAAUACGGUCUGUUACAAAGCCUCCCCCUCCCCACAUCAGUGCUCGCUAUUUGUGGCUCUUUGUGCGUAAAUGCUUUUCUGGGGGCGGGGGUACCGACCCCCACCACCAGUCCCCCCACCCCACCACCAGUCCCCCCUGAGGACAGUCUGUGUCCAUCUAUCUAUCUGUCCAUCCAUCCAUCACCAUUGAGGCUACAGGACUGGAAUCACCAAUCUGGAUUACUUGAAGAGGGGGGGGGGUGCAUCAGCUGCAGAAGGGUUGGUGUGCUGGUGCUUCGAGGGGAGGUGUGUGUGUGUGUGUGUGUGUGUGUGUGUGUGUGUGUGGUGGGCUUUGUUUGGGGGGGGUAGGGGGGUAGGGGUUGGCAUGCCCAAGACCCUGACAUCCCACUGCCCCCUCACACACACACACACACACGCACACACGCAUUGGGAAAACACAUGAUCAACUUAAGUGCAGUUUUGCGUGUACACGUACACACAAGGCCCUUGUGUGUUUCUUCCAGAUAAUGGCAGGCUGGUGCCUCUACUCAGUGUAUGCCCUUUAACCUCUGACCCAACCUGUUCCAGUCCCCUGACCGGCAGACUAGAUCCAGUCUGUCAAUCAGAUGAACUAUAAUCUAGUUUGGAUAACUUGAUCUUUAUCAGAGUCCUGAUGAUAUCAAAAUAGAUGAGUGGUUUUUUGUUUCUUUUCUCCACUAAUGUAAAUGUGAAGUGGACAGAUGAAGAGAGAAGACACACCCGAAUACGUGUUUUAUUGUUUAUAGAACAGAUUAUAUAUUCGCCUUACAUGUCUGCGUUACUCUAUUUUUUUUUUUUUUUUUUUAUUCUGAUCUUUAAUGCUUUUAAUUUGCUGUGUUUCUAGCUAUGCUAUGGAGGUGGGUAUGUGUCAGUAUUGCGUAAGCGUUUGUUGAAACCUCUGUGGACGUUCAGGAACGGGAACACAGUCCAGUCCGAAUAAAGGGAAGUGUUCAUUCAGUGCAACAACAAACAAAUCACACCUUUCCACUAAGUUCAAUUUCAAGUUGUAAUUAAUCUGCUGGAUUUUUUAUUUUACAAUUGUUUACUAUUGACAUCAUGUGAAGCACUGGUGUGUUCACAUGACACUAAUCAACAUUUUCCAUGAGUUGUAUUAAGCGCAAAGUUUAACUAUUCCUCCUGGAUGGCUGUAAUUAUUCAUGUGUAAUGGUGGUCUUGAGUUGAUUAUCAAUUGGCAAAAGUCACUGUUGCUGCUAUUCCUUCUUCAGAUCCAGAGGGAUGAUUCCCUGGUUCCCGUACGUUAGAAUGUCCGGUCUUUAUGUUCAUGUGUUUUUUAAAAUUUUAUUUUGUCAUUUAACUCCCGUUAAAGAGUUUAGCAAGAUUUAACUUUGUUUUUAACUUUUGUUUGUUUGGUCUUGUGCGUUUAACUCAAGGGAGCUGUGGGUCAAUUAAGGAGGCUUAUGAUUGAUAAAUUGCUCAAGAAAUUGUUUACUCCGGGAAUAGAGACAAAAUACGCCUAAAAAAAAAAAAA